CAGACGAUCCUUACCCUUUCUAUGAGCUGCUUUUACUGUGCUUUUACUAUAUAUCUAGAGGCGCUCAGCUUUUCCAACGAAUGGCUGUGGAUAUCAAGGGUGCUACUGUGGAUAAAAGGUACUAUGUAGACAAAAAGAUCCAAACUGGAUUCUAUGGGGCCACUUGGCUAUCCAAGGAUCUGAGGAAUGGCUCUGCUGAAGUGUGCUUGAAGACUUUCUUUUAUGAGAAAUCUGCACAACAAGAGUUAGCAAUUCUCAAAGAGAUGACGUUAGGAAAGUUUCGUCAUGAAAACCUCUGUACUGUGCUUCACGUCUGCGUUGACAAGGCCCCUGUGCGAUCCGCCACAGGGAAGUUGCUCACUCAUUCCAGCUAUGUGGUGUUUGAGUACUGCAGUGGGACGGAUCUGUUCAACUUUCUUGUGACUGGACCAUUUGAAAAGAUCAAUAGAGUGAGUGGUUUUCCUGAGCCACUGGCCCAGCAUUACUUCACCCAGACCCUGCUGGCGGUGGCCUACCUCCACGAAAGAGGCGUGUUUCACAGAGACAUAAAACCAGAAAACUGCGUUCUCGAUGGAAACUUCAACCUCAAACUGACUGACUUUGGAACAAACAAAAUACUGACAGAGUCAGGUGACCCAGCUCAGGUGCUGCGUACAGCCACUAAGGGGAUUGGCACUGACUCAUAUCGUGCUCCUGAGGUGAACGGGGUCAAUGGGUACGACCCCUCACUGGCCGAUGUAUGGUCUCUGGGAGUCACUCUUUUCUUUAUGGUGGGUAUAGAAGAGAUGGUGGCUAAGGUGAGCAGCCUGGAUCCAUACACAAGACAGAUGGUGGCUCCUCUAGGUAUCGUGUUCCCCUUCCCACUGCACUGCUCUAAACUUGACUGUUUUAUGAAUGCAGCACUAGUUGACAAAGCUCCCCGUAACGAACAGUUCUGGACAGAGUGGGAUGACCUCUAUCGCAAGUUCUCCCCACGAUUGGUGAAUCUGUUCAAUCGUGUGUUUCAUCUCCAGCCGACCAAUAGGAUCACAAUCAGAGAGCUUGCCCAACACUCCUGGGUGUCCAAGUCAAGCAGACUACACCCUAAGGAGAUUCUCAUACAAAUGCGUGAUAGGUGUCCCAGUAGUGUGUCCCUUUCGCAGCAGCCCUCUCCAAGAGUACAGGCUACUAAGACACUUGGCGGAGUCGAUCAGGCCUCUCUCCGCUCUGCCCUCAGUUCGUCAGAGGUGCCAAACUACCUCACUGACUCAGAGCUGUGGAUGUACUCUGAGACACUCUACCAACUGGAGGAGACACAACUCAGCAUUGUCCUAGAAUCAGCUGACAUUCAAGAGUUCAUCCUUGACAUCAGCUUUUGUCGAAAAGUAUUGACAACCAUUCUUACUGAGCCUCAAGUCCACGAACACAGAUCAAUAGGUUCCCUGCAUGGAGGGUGGGUGGUGAACUACCUGUCUGCCAUCGGGUUCCUGCCCCAAGGAUCUGUACUCUAUCUACCCCAGGACCGCCUAAACCUGCCUCUCAUAUCAGCAGCGACCAUGAUUUUGGAUGGCCUGGAAACUGCUGUAUUUAAAAGUGCUCUGGAAAUCGAUUGUAUGGACGACGAGGAAACACCUACUGAUCUCUCUGUUGCCGGGUCAUUGCCAGGAGAUGCAUUAUUACAGUUUACAGGGUUCUCGUUCAAUAAUGACAGCGGGUUCCCCACACCGCCAUACAGUCAGUCGGAACAGUCAACUGACCACGUACCACUACCACCCAGACCAGCUGGAAUUCUCAGGAGAUUCUCCUCUGAACCUAACUUUGCCUACAUACACAACAUGCCCAUGGACAUUGCAUCCAGUAUAGCUGGCUCUAUCCCUCAAGAUGAGUCGUCACAAGACAGUAUGGCGUGGAGUGCACAGAGCUCACAAGAAGAGUGCCCUGAGGAUUUUUUGACCCCUAACAGAACUGACUACAGCCAUUGUCACCAUCUACUUCCCUUGGGCGUGGCAAUAAAUACCAGUAAACCACGGCAAUACAAGGCAGCUGCUUUGUUCUGCAAGCUCUCUGGUCUGCUGACUAGCUAUGGGCUCUAUCAGGUGGUACUUAACGAGCAGCUGGCCCUCUACUGUCGAGGCAGUGCUGCCAACUUUUCUGCCAGAGUGGUUCUUAUAGACCUUGCUACUGGACAGGUGGGCAUCUCUUGCUGGUGUUUCACAGGACGAGAUGAGUGGAUGGCUAUUCUGACAAGAGUUAGCAGCGACAUGACCCCUAGCAACAAAUAAACUAUAAUUGUGGUAUAGCACUACCUGGUACACAUGCGGUUAUUGUUCAUUCAUUUUUGUACAUGGUUCAAAGUUUGAAUUUUUUUGUCAUGAAAUCAGAUAAUCAGCUGAAUUUUUCAUAAAAUCAGA